AAUUGUAAUCUUCUUAUUUUCCCCAUUAGGCUUCAGAAUACUGGAAGAGAAGUAGAUUCUAGCAGAAAUACCACCUGUUAUAUUCAAAUACUCAUUUAUAUUUGAAGUAACAUAAAGAGCACAAUCCUAACAACACAUCUGUUUGUCAAUUUAAUCCAACCAUUCUGUUUCUUCAGAUUCUGGAACAAGAUACUCGGAUUUGAACUGCAUUUUGGAAUUCAUCUACCCUUAAAAUGCCACCAGCAGUUGGCGGUCCGGUUGGAUACACCCCCCCAGAUGGAGGCUGGGGGUGGGCAGUGGUAUUUGGAGCUUUCAUUUCCAUCGGCUACUCUUAUGCAUUUCCCAAGUCUAUUACUGUGUUUUUCAAAGAAAUUGAAGAAAUAUUCCACGCCACCAGCAGUGAAGUAUCAUGGAUAUCAUCCAUCAUGCUGGCUGUCAUGUAUGGUGGAGGUCCUGUCAGCAGUGUCCUCGUGAAUAAAUAUGGCAGUCGUCCAGUCAUGAUUGUUGGUGGCUGCUUGUCAGGCAGUGGCCUGAUUGCAGCUUCCUUCUCUAACAGUGUACAAGGGCUUUACUUUUGUAUUGGAGUCAUCGGAGGUCUUGGGCUUGCCUUCAAUUUGAAUCCAGCUCUGACCAUGAUUGGCAAGUAUUUCUACAAGAAGCGGCCAUUGGCAAAUGGACUGGCCAUGGCAGGCAGUCCUGUGUUCCUCUCUACCCUGGCCCCCCUCAAUCAGGCUUUCUUCGGUAUCUUUGGCUGGAGAGGAAGUUUCCUAAUUCUUGGAGGCUUACUACUAAACUGCUGUGUGGCUGGAUCCCUGAUGCGACCCAUAGGGCCCCCCCCAGCCAGUGCAAAGAAAUACCAGCCUUCAGAAACGAUUGAGGAAGCUGGAAAGUCUGGUUCAAAAGUGGCAGGUGAUGCAAAUACAGAUCUCAUUGGAGAAAACCCCAAAAAGGAGAAAAAGUCAGUAUUGCAAACAAUUAAUCAAUUCCUGGACUUUUCCUUGUUCACUCACAGAGGCUUCUUGAUAUACCUCUCUGGAAAUGUGAUCAUGUUUUUCGGACUGUUUGCUCCUUUGGUCUUUCUUAGUAAUUAUGGCAAGAGUCAGCAUUACUCUAGUGAGAAGUCUGCCUUCCUUCUUUCCAUUUUGGCUUUUGUUGACAUGUUUGCCAGACCAUCUAUGGGACUUUUAGCCAACACAAGGUGGAUAAGACCUCGAGUUCAAUUUUUUUUUGCUGCUUCUGUUAUUGCAAAUGGACUGUGUCACAUGGCAGCACCUUUGACUAACAGCUAUAUUGGGCUCUGUAUUUAUGCUGGAGUUUUUGGGUUUGCAUUUGGGUGGCUCAGCUCGGUAUUGUUUGAAACACUGAUGGACCUCGUUGGACCCCAGAAGUUCUCCAGUGCUGUGGGAUUGGUGACCAUUGUGGAAUGCUGUCCUGUCCUCCUAGGGCCACCACUUCUAGGUCGUCUCCAUGACAUUUACGGAGACUACAAAUAUACGUACUGGGCCUGUGGCAUAGUUCUCAUUUUCGCAGGCAUCUAUCUCUUCAUUGGCAUGGGCAUCAAUUAUCGAAUGACUGAAAGAGAAAAAUCGAGGGAGCGGGAAAAUGAGAGUAAAGAGGAAGAGGCCGGUGUACAGGUUGAGACGCCAAAAACAAUUACCAACACAGCGGAAUCACCAGAGCAGAAGGGCACCGAAGGAAGCCCCAGAGAGGAGGAGAGUCCAGUCUGAGCCUGUGGGGCUGAAGGGUAAAUGGAGCAGCUUGUGACCCAAGAUAUCUGAAAUGUUCUACUGGCCGUAAUCUCCCAGUGGUGCUCAAUGCAAAUAGUGGACAUUCGUGUGGAAAUCCUACCAGGUGUUCCUUGAUGGAAUUUUUGUUUCACUCCUUACCAUUAGUCCAAAUUUAACAUGCCAUAUCCUUUGGGGAGGGAGUGGUUGGCAAAGAAUGAAGGGAGAAGUCGGGUAUUUUUUUUUUUAAUCUUAGCUUUUAACAGUGUCAUGAAGAUUAUAAUAUGUGCCUUAAGUUUUAGUCUUUAGAAUCUUCAAGGAUCCUUAACUUUUCAAACCACUCUGCUGAAUUCAUCUAUUUUAAGUGUUCCAUUACAAAGAAAAAUAACUUGAUCAAAGCAAAUCUAAAAUUUAAAACUAAUCUUGCUUCAGUGUUAUUUGUAACAUAUUGUCACACAUUAUCACUGAAAGACUGAAUAGAAAUCUUGGCUGAAAGUUGGGGGUUUUCCAGAAUCCUAGCUGAAAUAUUUUCCUAGCAUCAAUAUCUGCCUGGCAUGUGUACCUGCCUGCUAUAUAUAUAGGAAACUUAAGGCAUAAAAUUUUGGAAAUAUCUUGUCUUUCUAGACACGUUGUACUCAUCAACACCCCAUCUGGUUUCUUUCCUUAGGAUGUUUAUUAGAAGUCAAGUUAUUGAUUUUAUUAAAUAACUAUUUCUGCACCCCUUUUCAAAGACAUAUUUUGAGUGCUUAUAGAUCAUUGUCCCUUUUGAGAUCACUUAGUAUUUUUUUUCCACUGUAAAAGUUAGUAUUAAAAUAUGCAAAACUAUAUGUUUGUGCCUCCUUAGUAAAUCCAACAUCUCUAAUUAAAUGUUGACAGAUAUUUCAAACAGCAGCUGAACUCAGCUUAGGUUUUUCUAAAACUCAGUUAAACCAUGAGACUUAGAAUCUUUUUGUUAUUAUUUUUCCUGGAAUUUUCCCCUUUGAUUCAUAGUGGCUCCACUCAUAUCUACGUCUAGCUUAGGGCUGUGUGUGAGAUUCUCGUUCUUUGUGUGCUUCAUAUGUUUUUGUUGUUGGUUUUCUUUUUCUUUUUUCUUUUUUUCAUGUUUGCUGGUUUAAAAGAGCCAAAGAGAUUUGGCCCCACGCAAACAUAUAAGGAUAAGAUUGGAAGGGAGGUUGCUGAGUGUUUUUAGUUCAAUAAAUAACGCCUUUUUUUCUGAGAAGUUUCUUAAAAUUAUGUUUUCGUUAGAAUUAUUGGACACAUUCGUGAGAUGCAUUUUCUCCACAUAAACCUAAAAAUUUUGUGACUCAUUUCACUUAUUUGAAAAGUAAAGAAAUGGAUUUAGUGUAAGGAUAGAAGGGAAGACGGACCAGAAUGAAAAUGAAAUAUUUUUUAACCUAAUAUCUUUUAAAUUGAGGUAGAACAAUGACAUUCAGUGACUUAUAUAUUGUAUUAAAUGUAUUUUAAAAUAUUGUUGUAAUUGACAGACUGAAAGUAUAGAUAAAAGCCUUGUGUAAGAGGCUGGCUUUUCCAAAUAAACUUUUUUUCCCUUUUUUUUUUUUUUUUAGAAAUGUUUCUUCCUCCAAAUGUUUUAUUUGAGGAAGACAUUACUGUCUUUAUUUUCAUUAUUAAGAUACCAUUUGACCCUUGCUAAUAUUAAAUUAAAUCAUUUGGCUUAUGUGCUUUGA